AACAUCCCGACUCAUCCACUCAUCCAAAGUCCAAGGGCUGGUCCUUCUUACGUGUCCCCUUCAUAUGCAGCUAUGCACGUCGACCGGAUCUCACCAUUUCAAAGAAACUACGCAAAAUGUCUCAAUGCCUAUCUUUCACCUUUCUACGGAAUAUGCAUGUCAAGCUGUUGUCCUUGCUUUUACGCGGCAUCUCCGCUGCCAUGCUGUACUACCAGGUGCUUGUAACCUGCGUGCCUAUAUCUUCAUUCACUGUUUUUCAUGGCUGGACUCCCCCCCCCCCGCAAAUAUUUAGGUCUCAUCCGUUCUUGGUUUCACAACACCCGUCAGGUCUAUGUUACGCUCGAUUUCAUGAGUCUGACGCAUAUAUAUAUUUGCAUGUCUCAUCCCAUUGCUUAUCGUGCUUCCUUUUCACCUGUUCGUCACUCUUUAGCCUUGCUCUUGACUUAGUUUGGGUUGCUUUUGACUGCUAGUACUUUCUUCGCGUGUUAUGACCCCGUCACGACCGUACGCAGUACUCACUGUCAUGUACCUACGAAAAUCUAUCACUGUUCGCUGUAGAUGCGCUAGUCCGACAAUGCGAGUCAACAGGUUAAUGUCCC